AUAGUGUCGCACUUGGACCAAGUUCACGUAAUAGAACGAGGCGUGCACGAUGCAACGAGACAGUCAGUUCCGAGACCGAGUAUAAUAAAAAUCGGCUGCGAUUCGGGAAACGGAGAACAACGAAGAAGUGACACUCGGGAAAACCAAGGUUGAAUCGACCGAUCGCCAGCACACUAGCCGCGAAACGCAACGAAACGAACGCGAGGCAGCAGUGAUCGUGGUCAAACGAGAAUAACGAGAUAUCGGUAAUCUCUUGUGUCUGCUCCGCUUCGGGCUUUCGUUGUCGAACGAUCCUCCUCCACUUUAUUCGCUAAGUACGAUAAACAUAGCAGUGAAAAAGACGUGUGUGACGUUACGAAGACAUUUGAGUACCCGACAUCCGAUGUUCACCAUCCUGGAUGGCAUCUGUUCAUGACCAUUCAUAGUGAACGCGAUCCGUAAAACGGAAAGACGAGAUCCGUGUGCGAAAAAUAUGCAAUUCUGUGGUGAAAUAUGGACAAUAGGACGAACUGCUUCUUUCGUACGACUCUGGUUAUAUUUUUAAUGGAAGCACGAGCUUUUGAAUCCGAAUACGCUUAUCGAUAUACAUCUGUUCUAUAUUCUGAAUUGUCGUUAACAAAGAGGGGCAAACAUGAAACGAAUCGGUUCGAGAUGGCAUUGCAGUGACUUGCCACUACUUAAUCGAAGCAAGAAGUGAUAGAAACAUCGAGCCGGCCUACCAGACUACGUGUCAGAUCAUUGAGCAGUGAAUAACGAGGCGGUGACUAAACUAUUCUGGGACAUGGAAUAAUCAGCGUACGAUCGCGACAAGUUCAUUUUACUACACGUAUUGCACGAUAUCGGUUAUAUUCCUGACAGUUUAUGCAUGUAACUCGUUCAUAUGUGGGAAAAUAGUUGGAACCAAACGCGAUGAAUUCUGGUGAUAAGAAGAAGAAAGGGCUCGAUGGCGGUUGGGCAUGGCUCGUUUGCCUUGGCAGUAGUCUCAUCACGCUUUCUUUAAGAUCUUUGGAUCCCUCAUUUGGACUCCUUUUCCACGACCUCUUUAUAGAACUUGAGAUUGACUCCACAGGAGCGUCAUUCAUAAUGAGCAUUCUUGAUGCUAUUGUUAAUUUCUCAGGUCUCUUAAUAGGACCGUUACUGAAAAAGUAUUCUUAUCGACAAGUGGCUUUCUUUGGAUCUCUUUUAAGCAGUACUGGGCUGAUAUUGACGUCAAGAGCUAAUAGCAUGUUCCAUAUUGUUUGCACUUAUAGUAUCUUAGGAGGCUUGGGAACUGGAUUGGCCAUCGCAUCAGCGUUCGUGGCGUUGAAUACAUUUUUUGAGAAAAAAAGAGGACAAGCUGUUGGCUUUUCUAUGGCUGGAACAACUUUGGCCAUGAUGAUAAUACCUCAAUUAAUUCAUCUUCUUUUGAAUUCAUAUGGAUUUCGUGGAACGAUGUUAGUGAUUGGAGGAUGGGCGUUGCAUUCCACUAUUGGCGCUUGUUUAUUACGUCCAUUUGAACCUGAAAUUAAAAGUACAAAUACCGAUACGAAGCAUAGAAAUAAUUCAACUAGAAGUGACAUGUUAUUACAAGUAAAAAACAAUGAAAUGGUGAAGGAGGUUAAAUGUGAUACAAGUGACUGCGAAAAUAACAUGCUGGAGUAUAAUAAAACGGAGAAGAUAAAAAAGAAGUCUCAAAAUGAAUACCUUAGGAAGAUAAAGGAAACCUUUGAUUUAGACUUACUUAAAGAUGGCAUCUAUCUAAACAUAGUUAUUGGCUUGAGUUUAUAUUAUGUUGCUGAAUCGAACUUCAAACUAAUGACACCAUUCUUUUUAACUAGCAUACGAAUGAGCAAAGCGGAAGUUGCCUUUUGUUUGUCGAUAUCUGCAUUCACCGACAUUCUUGCCCGCCUUAUACUACCAACCAUUUUCGAUAGAUUGGGAUUCAAGAACAGAAGCAUCUUCUGGGUUUUUUGUAUUCAAGUUGGAAUUGGACGAUCUAUUAUGGCAGCGCAAUCUAAAGGAAUACUUUUGAUAAUAACAACCGUGAUAAUAGGGUUUUUACGUGGCGCCACUCUGGUAAAUUUAAACCUUACCGUUUCCGAAUAUUGUCCUUUAAACAAGCUGCCAAAUGCCUUUGGGAUGUUUAUGGUAUUUAAAGGUUUAUUCGUUGUAACGCUGAGUCCUUUAAUUGGAUACAUCAGAGAUGUCAGCGAAAGUUAUGCACUUUGUAUACAUGUUAUGACACUAAUGAUAACCAUCACGUUCAUUACAUGGAGUAUCGAGUGUAUGUAUAGGAUAUUUAAAAACAGGAAAUCUGUUUUAGCUAAACAAGCACAAGACAUCGUGAUAGAAUAAUUAUCACUUAGGAUUUAAUAUUUAGCAUUUUCAUAAGAACAGGUAGAACACAAUUUUAAUGAAAUUCAGACAAAACUUUAUCUAAGUAGGUAAUGGAUAUUUAUUAUGAAUUGACUGGCAAAUGAACACUGUUUCAUCAAAAUAUUCUAUUAUUUAUAUAUUUGAAUAUUGUAAUAUUUUAUCGAGCGAUGAAUAUUCGAUUAUUGACGCAUUAUUUAUUAUGAAAGUUUAUAUUAAUAUGUUAAUUAAUUAGUAAAAAAUAUUUCACAAUACUGUCUGCAGCGUAUAACAGUUUGCAACAUUUGCAAGCAUGAAUAUUGUAUUCAAUAAUUUUGUCUCUUAUAUUUUUUCUAAUCUUUUAACAGUUUAGAUUGCAAGCCUUGAAAUACUUUUGUGAGUAAUUUUACAAAAGUAAACAUUAAGUACUAGAUAAUGUUUUAGUGGAUAUAGAUGAAUGUUUCUUUUACGUUACAUAAUCACUAAUAUACAUAACACAGUUUCGAUCUAACGCAAUAUUAUUUUUUUAAUAAGAAGCUAUUUUUAAUAAACGUAAUUACUUCUUUUUUAUUUUUAUCUUCUCUUUUUUUCUUUUUCUUUAAGAUCGCAUUCACCUGUGGGUGUUAUUAUUAUUAUUAGCGUACCGUAGUAUCAUUAGUAUCAUAGUACCUACACAGUUGCAUUAUAUAGGCUUGCAUUAUACUAUAUUAAGCUCGUAUAUCCUUAGAUUAUCGUAGAUAUUUACAUUGUUAUAAUGAACAUUUAUGUAUAAUAGAUGUCAAUUAGGGGUGAGUGGCGUAAUACCGAUCGUUCUAAGUUCUUUUUGUUACAUCUUGGGCUAGAGUCGGUAAAAAACAAAAUUUUUGAAAUGAGUUUACGGUACAAGUGAUAUUUAAUGAAGGGAAAGAAAAAUUAAUUUUAUGGAAUUCGAUAAUAAGUAUUAAUAAUUUGCAAGAGUAAAAAUGUUGUGAUUUGUAAAAAACGAAAAAUUGUCGUCCAGUACCGAACAAUUAUUUAAUCAGUAGAUUUUUCGGUCUAAAUGAUUAAUAAUAUUAAAAGAAAACAUUUAUAUGUUAGAAUUCACAUUUUUAUUCAAAUAUUAUUCUUACAUAUAUCAAAAGUAAAAUAAUUAAUAUUUUGGUCUGUGCAUUCGACGUGUGCCCAGCCUUCACAUUCGUUGUUUUUUGGAACAUUGAAAGCUUCAGCGGUCUGUUUCUGGAUCAUUUUAUUUUUGACGCUUCAAAGCAUCAUUCAUAUUCUCCUCUGUAUAUUUUCCUUUUCUUUACUUUGAAAUUUCAGACAUUUGUCAGCGGGGAAACAGUACAGGAAAGAUUAAAUGAAUAUCUUUUAAUUUAAUUUCAGUUGCUAACAAAUUGAACGUAUCGUUCUAUGGCUGAUUCGUUGGUACUGGAUGACAAACACGUGGAAACGUUUUAGAUCAUAAUGUAUAUUUAUACAUUAAUUUUUAUUAAUUUAUUAAUUUAUACAUUAAUACAAAAUUGUUAUAUUCAUUUGUUUAUUCAAAUAAAAGUGCUAAUAUCUGGUUAAAAAAGGUCAAUACUAAUUUUGAUCGUUGUAUGCCGAUCGAUACUGCACGACUCUCCUCUACAGAUUAGUUGAAGGUUUGUGUCUUUUAGGAACCUGUCGGUAUUGCAACUUCUACACAUGUAUCCAUUGUUAUGUAACAUGCAAACUAGUUUAUCUUUGUGAUAUUUUAAAUGUUGAUAUCCUUAAAUUUAGUUUCGCUAUAUUAUACAGAAUACUCCACUUAGCAUGGUCAACUGAAAAUUAUCUUGUUUAUAUUAGUAAAAUCUUGAAACUGAUCUAACUAUUUAUGUAUUUUUUGAACCUCAACAUUAUCUCACAUAACUAAUUUUUGUAUCACUUAAAAUAAUAGGUAUAUUUCAGGUGAUCAUGUUAAGUAAGGUAGGCUAUUCAUUAAUUUUUGUUAUAUGUUUUAUAAUUCAUGUUACUUACAAUAUGACAAUCGAAUUUAAAUUUUUAAACUUUAUUUAAUUUGUUUAUUGCAAUCUUAUUAAAAAAUAUGUGUAAAUGUACAUUACUAACUAUUUAUAUAUUAGUAAAUACCAAAACACGUGUAAAUAUUGUAACUUAUCAUAGUGAAUUUAAAAAUUAGAUAUUUCUUUAUUCGUAAUAGCCAAAUACGUCGAAAAGAAGUGCAAUGAAAGUCGAAAACUGAUGUGAUCUUUGUAUUUACAACUAAUUUCAAAUUAAAUAUAUUAAAGUAUAACGAACACAAUUAAUAAUGUUUAUAUAAAUGUUAUUAAGUUAAUCAUAGAUUUCUUGUUAUUAUUCUCAUAAUGAGAUGUACCUGACAUUUUGUAUAUCGUAGGAAUCUUUCAUGUACCUAGUUUUGGAGCACUUUUGAUGAGAAUUUAAAGUAAAAGAAUUAAGAAAAAUUUUCGCAAUCUUUUGUAAUAUUAUGACCAUAAUUAACUACUAAUCGAAGUAUUGUAUUUAUACAUAUUUUUCUACCUCUUUAGACAAAAAACAGUAUGUUGAAUUUAAAUUGUUAUUGUAAUUAAAAUUAUACAAACUUUCUAAUAAAGAAAAUAAAUAUAAAACACGCCCAGAACAAAAUUUAU